AUGGAGUGUGUGGUGUUUGGAGCAGGCUGGGUGAACCCCAAUACGCCGCAUUUAUGUGUGACUUUUGCCUUUCACAGUAAUCAGGAUGAUUACCAACUGGUUCGAAAACUUGGUCGGGGCAAGUAUAGUGAAGUAUUUGAGGCCAUUAACAUCACCAACAAUGAGAGAGUGGUUGUGAAAAUCCUCAAGCCAGUGAAGAAAAAGAAGAUAAAACGAGAGGUUAAGAUUCUGGAGAACCUUCGUGGUGGAACAAAUAUCAUUAAGCUGAUUGACACUGUAAAGGACCCUGUGUCAAAGACCCCAGCUUUGGUAUUUGAAUAUAUCAAUAAUACAGAUUUUAAGCAACUCUACCAGAUCCUGACAGACUUUGAUAUCCGGUUUUAUAUGUAUGAACUACUUAAAGCUCUGGAUUACUGCCACAGCAAGGGGAUCAUGCACAGGGAUGUGAAGCCCCAUAAUGUCAUGAUAGAUCACCAGCAGAAAAAGUUGCGACUGAUAGAUUGGGGUCUGGCCGAGUUCUACCAUCCCGCGCAGGAGUACAAUGUCCGGGUGGCCUCGAGGUACUUCAAGGGGCCUGAGCUCCUUGUGGACUAUCAGAUGUAUGACUAUAGCUUGGAUAUGUGGAGUUUGGGCUGUAUGUUAGCAAGCAUGAUCUUCCGAAAGGAACCCUUCUUCCAUGGACAGGACAACUAUGACCAGCUUGUCCGCAUUGCCAAGGUUCUGGGUACAGAGGAGCUGUAUGGGUAUCUGAAGAAGUACCACAUAGACCUGGACCCACACUUCAACGACAUCCUGGGACAACACUCUCGGAAACGCUGGGAAAACUUUAUCCAUAGUGAGAACAGACACCUGGUCAGCCCAGAGGCCCUAGACCUUCUGGACAAGCUUCUGCGAUACGACCAUCAACAGCGACUGACUGCCAAAGAGGCCAUGGAGCACCCUUACUUCUACCCUGUGGUGAAGGAGCAGUCACAGCCAGGCGCAGACAACGCCGUGCUCUCUAGUGGUCUCUCGGCGGCACGAUGAAGACAGGGAGCGCUGGGUAAUGCGGCAUUGAUGCUUGCCAAUAAACCAACCAACCAAAACACAAACCAUGAAGGAGAACUACAGUGUGAUACAAAGAAAUCCUAAUCGUUCCUUCUAAAUGCAAAGAAGAGAAUAAAGACCUAAAAGUCAAAAAGCAAGCAAGAAAGAAACUCCCCAGUACUAGUCUGCAGGGAGCUGCCCCUGGCAGGGGCAGCGUGCCGGUGCACAUAGUUCAGGAUCUGCGGGAACCUCCGCUCCCCUUGGAAUGCAUGGGAGAUGAGAGACUCGGAGUUGUUGUACAUUUACCUUUAUUUAACAGGCGACACUGUUGAAUUUACCCAUUCGGUCAACAAGCUCUGAAUAUCUGACUUCCUAUCUAUUCCACAGUGGUCUGGGUUUCCUCGGGCGAGAUUCAGGCUCAUGUUUUAGCAAAGCGUCAGCACUCUAAACUGACACACCAGCCUCAUUUACAAAAAGGAGAUAUUAAAAAAGUGACAGUAUUUCUUUUCUUUUUUUUUUAAGCUCUUUUUAAAAUUCA